AUGUCAGAUUACAGUGGUUCUAUUGAAGAUAAGUUAAAGAAAUUAAAUAUCAAUGAGUCUCAGAAAAUUCUCAUAAUGGAAUGUUUUGCUGCAGCAAAAGUAAAAAAUCCUAGAAAUCGCCGUUACAGUGAAAACUGGCUAAUGCUAUGUUUAAUGUUUAAUAUUCGAUCACCAACAGCUUACAAAUAUAUAAGAUCUACUGCAUUGUUACCAUUGCCUCAUCCUAAAACAGUCAGGAAAUAUUUGUCUUCAAUUAAAACAACAUGUGGCUUUGAUCAAGAUUUUUUAAGUCUUUUGCAGAAAAAAGUUAGCCAAAUGACUGAAAUGGCUAAACAUGGAGUAUUACUUUUUGACUCGAUCAGUCUUCAAAAAAGCUUAGCAGUUAAUUCAUCCAACCUUACCUACAGAGGACUUGAAGAUUUUGGCAAUGAAGAUAAUUCAGAUCACCACAAGGAGUAUGCAGAUCAUGCACUGGUAUUCAUGUGGCAGUCAUUAAGUUCAAACUUUUACCAAACUAUUGGCUGCUUUGCCUCUAAAGGUGAAGUCAAAGGUAAUUAA